GCGGUGUGAGCGGAGGGUGAGAGCAGGCCGUAGUCGAAUACGAACGUCGCCAUGAUGAUGGUGGAGUGACGUGAUCUUCAAUCUGCCCCGAUGUUGGACUUUAUUCAGAACUCUUUUCUUUUUCGUUGCAGUGAAUAUAAGACUUUUGGCAUUUUCUCGUGUAAAUGGAAGAAAGCUUCAAAACAGUUUGAAGCUUUCGUUGUGGCAUUCAUGGGACUAUGAACCUAGAUUCGUUGUCUUUUGCUUUGUCUUAUAUUAGUUACUCUGUGGCAAGCUUGACCAAAAAGAACUUUAGGGCCAGCGUUCAGGAAAUCUCUCGCCUCGUAGCCCUCCACGGGUUGGAAGCGGAGCGGCACCUGUUACGUUGUCUUUUCUCGCAUGUGGAUUUCAGUGGGGAUGGUAAAAGCAGUGGAAAAGACUUCCAUCAGACACAGUACCUAAUACACGAGUUUGCAUCUGUUGUCAGCAAGCCGAACUUCGUCUCCAUCUUGUGCUUUGCAAUAGAGAACCCUCUUCACCAUCAGAAGAGUCUACGUGCAUCUGGGCAACUGCUGGUUCAGAUCAGUCGUGUGCUUCGGCUUAGCCGUGUACAGGAGGUUGUUCUAGGAGUGGCCCUGCUUCAUUCCUCGCAAGCUGACCUGCGACUGUGUGCCACACAGUUUGUGCGUCACAAACUUCCUGAAUUGCUGCGCUCCUACACUGAUUCAGAUACAUCAUCUACUCUUGAAGGAGGGCUGCAGGACUGUGCUCCGGAAGUUCUUCACUUACUGCUAGUGCAUUUGCUACAUAAGAACACUGAGCAGUUUGGCAUUGGCAGUGAGCAGAGGGAAGCCUUCUUUACGAACCUUCGUAAAGAUUUUCCGAGAGAUCGAGUUCCUGUGGUCCUUGCUCCACUUCUCUACAGUGAAGACAUAGACGGGCUCAUGGAAAGAGGAAGGAUGGAACCAUCGUCAAACGUGUCCAAAGCGAUGGAUGUUUCUCUCGUUGAUCUGAUUCAAGAGAUGGGAUACAGUUUUACAGGAAGCGUGGAAGACUGCUGUCAGAACCUGGUGCAAAUGGGCUUAUGUGAGCCAGGUGCUGCCAUUGUUGCUCGCACUCUAGCCAUGAUGGCAUCCACGCACAGUGGCUUGUCAGAGCCCCUGCAAGGCUUGGGGCCCUCUCCUUGGGCAACGCCUGUAGGCAGUGGAGGAGAUAAGGAAUCCUCAGGUUCAGUCCAGUCAGCAAAUGUGGCCAACACAUGGAAUGUUGAUGUUUUCGUGCAAGCUGUGCACGACUUGGUACCGGACCUGAACUGGAAAGAUGUUGUGGGGGAGCUGGAUUUUGUUGGGUUCUCAGUAAAGGAGCGUGGUGGCCUGAAGUUGCUAUGGCAUGCCCUAACCAGGGGCCUGUCCCUGUCUCAUGAAUCCUUUCCUUCAGACCGUCUCUAUCGAAUCUGGAGAAAUACAGAGUCUCAGUUAUCCCUUCUACACCAAAUUCUCAAGAACUCUGAUAUUGUUUGCUUGACGGACUAUAAAUAUCGUCCUGUACAAGUGGACAUCCUCAAAGCACUACCCGAGGAUGACAACAGAGACAUUGCCAACUGGAAAUCAUUGGACCUGAUUGAGACCUUGCUCGGUCUGUCAGAGCUGGUUCAGUACUCACCUGUUCAAGAUUUGUUCAAGUUUCCUGUUCAGCAUUGCCCAGACCUGCUGAUGCUUGGACUUCUACAAGUAACGAGACCAAUGCAAAUGCUUCGCCAGGAGCUUCUCACAACCUUAGUCUUCGUGUUUCUUGGCAACCACCCGAACUCAGCCAUAGUAUUACAAGCUGCAUGGAAUGUACAGACUCAUGGCAAUGUUAUUCGUCCUCUGAUGAUGCAUGCAAUGGCUGAUUGGUACCUUCGUGGAGGGGAAUGUGAGCAAGUCCGCCUUUCACGCAUCUUGGACGUGGCACAGGAUCUCAAGGCCCUCUCAAUGCUCCUCAAUGGGAAUUCAUUUCCUCUUGUCAUCGACCUUGCCUGCCUGGCCUCUCGAAGAGAGUAUCUCAAGCUGGACAAGUGGCUCAACGACAAGAUCUACGAGCACAAAGAGCCAUUCAUACUUGCAUGUGUGAAUUUUCUCAAGCGCCGCUGCCCCCAAAUUCUUGGUGGCAUAGUGAAGGAAGAGAAUCUACCAAAAAGUGCCCAGCUGCCACCAGAAACACUUGCCACUAUGCUUUCCUGCCUCCAACAAUAUGCAGCCAAUGUCAGCCAGGAGCUGUCAGAAACAAUACUGACCAUGGUGGGCAACUGUAGCAUCCUGUUGAACAAACCCCGUCAGCCUCCACCUGGGGUGGUGAAGACCCCCAGGGGACUUGAGCCAGCAUUUUCUGCUGCAUCCAUCAACCCAACCCCAAACGCUCAGCCACCUCAGAUGGAUGUGUUGAGCAACAUCAGCAGCUCAAUGGCCAACCUGUCCCUUGGGCCAUGUUCUGGAGGAGCAGGCACCGGGGUGGGUGCGGGAGCUGCUCCCAGUGUGUUUGGGAGCUCAUUUCCUACACCUGGGUCACCAGCUAAGCUAUUCGGUGCUCCAAAUGCUGUCGGGACAGCUCCUGCCGUCAGUGCUGGUCCUUCGGUCCCCACCUCCUCUGGCUUCUCAAGUGUUGCUGUUCCGACACUGGGAGCACAGCUGCAAGGCCAAUUUGGUUCCCAGCUUGAUGUGGCAAGCAUUUUGCCAGAGAUGAACCAGCCAGUUUCGAAGGAGAUUGAGGAUGAGGCAAACAGUUACUUCCAGCGGAUAUACAACCAUCCUCCACAUCCCACGCUUUCUAUUGCUGAGGUGCUGGACAUGCUGAAACGUUUCCAGGAAUCCCCCAUCAAAUCUGAACGGGAUGUUUUCAACUGCAUGAUCAAGAACCUGUUUGAGGAGUACAGGUUCUUCCCACAGUACCCUGAGAAGGAACUAAUCAUCACAGCUCAGUUGUUUGGUGGUAUUAUUGAGCAGUCGCUUGUCACUUACAUGGCCCUUGGUCUGGCACUUCGCUACGUCCUGGAUGCUCUGAGGAAGCCUUAUGGCACAAAAAUGUACUAUUUUGGCACAACUGCAUUAGACAGAUUUAAAACCAGGUUGAAGGAUUAUCCUCAGUACUGCCAGCAUCUUGCUUCAAUUGCACAUUUCAAGGACUUUCCUGAGCACUUGAAGGAGUAUGUAGAUUAUGGUGCAAGAUCCCAGGAGCCUCCUAACCGUCCUCAGGGUCCUACAUUACCCCACAACCUAGCAGCACUAGCACAAGGCCUGAAUUCUACAGCAGCCCCUAGGAUUCCACCAACUGUUGCUCCACCCGUGGUUCCUCCUGCAAGUGCAACGGUAACAAAGCCUACUCCAGUAGCAGGAAAGCCAUCGAUAGCAAAUGCAACAAACAUAGACACACUAUUAGGAGCCACAGAAAAAGAUGACAAGUUGGUGAAUCCUCCUGAGCCCAUCCAAGACAAGGUGGCCUUUAUCAUCAACAAUCUUUCCCAAAUCAACCUUACCCAAAAGACAGAAGAGUUCAAAGAGGUGCUGAAAGAGGACUUCUGGCCAUGGUUUGCCCAGUACAUGGUUAUGAAGAGAGCAUCAAUUGAGCCCAAUUUCCACACGCUAUAUGCCAAUUUCUUGGACACACUCAAGAUAAACGAAUUGAGCAAGCUGGUGCUCAGGGAAACAUUCAGAAAUAUAAAGGUUCUGCUUCGGAGUGACAAGGCCCUUGCCAAUUUCUCAGAUCGUUCCCUUUUGAAGAGCCUUGGUCAUUGGCUUGGAAUGCUGACCAUUGCAAAGAACAAGCCCAUUUUGCAGAUUGACAUCGAUAUCAAGUCACUGCUAAUUGAAGCUUAUCACAAAGGCCAGCAAGAGUUACUUUAUGUCGUUCCAUUUGUUGCAAAGGUUCUUGAAUCAUGUGCAAAGAGCAAAGUGUUCAAGCCUCCCAACCCAUGGACUAUGGGUAUAGUGAAUGCUUUGGCUGAGCUGCAUCAGGAGCCUGAGUUGAAGUUGAAUUUAAAGUUUGAAAUUGAGGUUCUGUGUAAGGCCCUCAACCUAGAUAUAAAUGACCUGAAACCUACUGUUGUACUGAAAGAUAUGGACCGACUAGCGCGGCUCGAACCCCAGCUCUCCCCUCGGCAUAAGGCAGACAGUCCUCCACCAGUGGCUCCUGUGGUAGUUCCACCUGUGCCACCACCACCUGUAAGUGGUGGCGGAGUUCCAGGUGGCCUGGCCCCAGGGUUGCCAUCCAGCACCCAGCCAGGGGUUCCCCCUCCAUCCAUCAGCUCUCAGCAGCAGCAUGCAGCCAACUUUUUCCUUUCCUCCACGUAUCCAGCAGUGCUAGCUGCACCAUCCGAGGAGCCUGUUCCCCCUCCACCUUCGGGCGUUAUGAACCCAUUUCCUCAACCCCAAUUUGCGUACCAUGACAUCAAUGUGCUCUCUCUCAGUGGCCUAGCACAGCAUAUUCAAAUCAACAACCAGCUUCCACUGUUCCAAGCACAUCCACAGCUGAAGCAAUUUGUGCGAACUGCCAUUGAGCGUGCAGUGCAAGAGUGGAUGAUCCCUGUGGUUGAGCGGUCACUCAAAAUUGCCUUAACCACUUGUGAACAGAUUGUUCGCAAGGACUUUGCUCUGGAUCCUGAAGAGCCUCGGCUACGCAUAGCAGCACACCAUAUGGUGCGCAGCUUGACUGCAGGCAUGGCUAUGAUCACCUGCAGGGAUCCCAUGCUCAUGACCAUCAGUAACAACCUGAAGGCUGCCUUCCACGCAGCAUUGAGAAUGCAAGCAGCAAACUUCCCUCAGAAGGAGCUCCUGGAACAAGCGAUGACCGUUGUGGCACAGGAGAAUGUGGAGCUGGCCUGCUGCUACAUCCAGAAAACAGCUGUGGAGAAGGCCAUCCCAGAGAUUGACAAGAAGCUAAAUGCUGAAUAUGACGUUCGCAAGAGUGCUCGAAGUGAGGGUCGCCGGUACUGCGAUCCCGUGGCCCUGACGUACCAAGCUGAAAGAAUGCCGGAGCAAAUAAGGCUAAAGGUUGGCUGUGUCACCACUCAACAAAUGGCUGUAUAUGAGGAGUUUGCACGCAACAUCCCAGGAUUCCAGCCCAUAUCUGAGCGUGACCAACAUUCACUUUUUAUACCAAAGCCAAUGGUGCGGCAGCCCUUUGGCAGUGGUGUUGAUGACAUGGGGCACCUUUACGACAAAGUGAUUGCAGAGUUGGAGCAGCAGGUGCACAGCCUGAUGAGCACAGUGGCCCCUUCCAAUCCUCAGGUGGCUGCGUUGCACGUACUGCACGAGGCUGUGCUUCUUGCCCGCAAUUCACGAGAUGCUGUCACCGCCCUGGUGCUAUUACAGAAGACAGUGGAGAGUAUGGCAGAAGGACUGAGUCACCCCCUAGGUGCUGAGCCGGAGGUGGCCUUGCGUUUUCGAGAAGCACAUCUUGCUGUGCUCAAGGCACUUGCUGAAGGCUAUGGCCACCCCUGGGCAGCCAAGCAUGUUACUCGGUUUCUCUUAGAAUUACGAGAAGAGGUGCGAUGGAACGUAGAUGUGGUUGAUCCACUUCUGCGUUCUGGUCUUCUUGUCCUUUCCACUUUUGACCUGCAUUUAGCCCAGUCAAUGGAAAAUGGCAUGAACUACUUAGCGGUGGACUUUGCAAAACACCUAGUGCGCCUGUAUUUUUCCAAUGGACGGCAUAGCGACUACAACUUGUCGGAAUCUGACCUUGUCAACACGAUAGAAACCUUGGUCCGCCUGAGUGCUCACACCAGACAGCCUUCGGAGGGUCUCUCCCAGAUGAUGGAUAUGUUGCGUGGACCCGGUGCUGGAGAAUAUGGAAGUGGGAUGCCUGGUACUAGUGGCCCAAUGUCCAUGAUGCAUUCAGGCAUUACCCAAGCUCGUGAAUAUGAUGAUCCUCCGGGAUUGCACGAGAAGACUGAAGGAUUGCUACAUGACUGGGUUUCUAUGUACAACUCUCCAGCUGCAGGCAAGGACUCCACCAAGGCCUUCCAGAUAUUUGUACAGCAGAUGAAUUUGCAAGGCAUCUUGAAGACAGACGACCAUAUAACCAGAUUCUUUCGACUAAGCACGGAAAUGUGUGUGGAGCACUGCUACAGGGCUCUGCUGGAGCAAACGCCUGCCACAGCUACUCUAGUGCGCACAAAGUGCUUCACCACACUUGACGCUUAUGUGCGUCUUAUUGCCCUUCUGGUCAAGCUCAGUGGUGAUGCAAACAACCCUACCACCAAAGUCAACCUUCUCAACAAGGUGCUGGGCAUUGUGGCAGGGGUUCUCCUGCAUGACCAUGAAGCCCGCGGACUGGACUUUCAGCAGUUGCCUUACCAUCGUAUGUUCAUCAUGCUGUUCCUGGAGUUGAGUGCCCCUGAACCUGUCCUGGAGGCCAUCAGUUUUCAUGUCCUCAUGGCUUUCUGCAACACUCUUCAUGUACUACAGCCCUGCAAGGCGCCAGCUUUUGCUUACGCCUGGCUGGAGCUGGUGUCUCAUCGUGUGUUCCUGGGUCGGGUCUUGGCACUAACACCACAACAAAAAGCAUGGGGCAUGUUUGCGCAGCUGCUCAAUGACUUGUUCAAGUACUUGGCACCUUUCCUUCGCAAUGUUGAUCUCGAAAAGCCCAUUCAGCUCCUGUAUAAGGGAACAUUACGAGUGCUAUUGGUGCUGCUGCAUGACUUUCCGGAGUUUCUGUGCGACUACCACUAUGGAUUUUGCGAUCUCAUCCCAGCCAACUGCAUUCAAAUGCGUAACCUGAUUCUGAGUGCCUUUCCGCGACACAUGCGUCUCCCAGAUCCCUUUACUCCUAACCUCAAAGUGGAGGCCCUCCCCGAGAUUACGCAAGCUCCUCGUGUACUCACAAACUUUGCAUCUGUCAUCCAGCCUCAAAGCUUCAAAAAGGAUUUGGAUUCCUAUAUCAAGACUCGUGCCCCUGUUACAUUCCUUUCUGAGCUGCGUAGCAGUCUGCAGGCUACAACUGAACCAGGAAUGAGGUACAAUGUGCCCCUGAUGAAUGCCCUGGUGUUAUAUGUCGGCACCCAAGCUAUAGCCUAUAUCCAGAGCAAAGGCCUCACUCCGAGCAUGAGCACCAUCACUCACUCUUCUCACAUGGAUAUUUUCCAGAACCUUGCUGUUGAUCUUGACACUGAAGGACGGUACUUAUUCCUCAAUGCGAUAGCAAACCAGCUGCGUUACCCCAACAGUCAUACUCAUUACUUCAGUUGCACUCUUCUCUACCUCUUUGCCGAGGCCAACACAGAAGCCAUCCAAGAGCAGAUCACCAGGGUUCUUCUGGAACGCCUCAUAGUAAAUCGCCCGCAUCCUUGGGGCCUGCUGGUAACCUUCAUUGACCUCAUCAAGAACCCCACCUUCAAAUUCUGGAAUCAUGAGUUUGUACGCUGUGCUCCAGAAAUUGAAAAAUUGUUUGAAUCUGUGGCACGGUCAUGUAUGCAGCAGAAGGCUGCCACUGAGGCUUCAACCGCAUGAAGCUUUCGUACGUCCCUUUCUGCUCCCCUUUUUUACUUUUUAUACCCUUCAUGUUAUUAUACUGGAGUGCACUUUUCUUUGUAUGAUAACUGUCACUGAUAGUAUGUAUAUGUGAAACAAGUGAGACAUUGACAACUGUACACAGUGAACACAAGUCCCUCUUUAGUGUUUCUAGUCUGUUGUGUGGUAUAAUAAAAGGUUCUGGAUAGCAAUCUACUGUUGAGCCAACAUCUAUGAUGCUACAGGAAGUAUAUGUAUAUUGUUUUUUGAGCACAAAAAUUGCCUGAGCAGGGAAAUACUGCGACAGAAAAAAAUAUAUUCAACAUCCAUUCACCUGAUGUCACAACGAUCGGUGGUAGAAAUUGUUAGAUAUGUUAACGUUGAGUGUUCAGUUGACCUGCAUAGCAUGGCGUUUGCUGCUAGCAGCAGCUCAGUUUUGGUUGCACGGUCUUAGUCUCUCCUGCUUGGCCUGAUGGGCCAUUGGCAAGCACCACAAGAAAUCACUCACAUAUAUCACAUCCCUUGGUGCAAGUUUUCUUUAGUGUUGCAGAAACUGUGUGAUACUUUGUGUGAAACAUGCUUUGCACAAACUGACCUGGAGCUAGCCAGCUCUGCUGUGUAACCACCAGAUUUUCAAAUGUUUACAAAAUACUUGCCAAUCAUGCAACCUGGAUGUCGUAUCAUGAUUAUGCUAUCUGCGCUAUGUAUCAUGCUCAUGUGACAAGCCUCACAUGGCAGUUAAGGUUAAUACCUAGGCUGUCAGUCUUGAAUGAUAAUCGAAACCAAUAUGUGUGCCGCAUGUCAACCUGCCACAGAGCAUUGGAUCCAAUGCCCUUACGCGCAUAUUAUAUUCGAUGCCCAUUGGUUUCAAUGGCCACUCAUACCCUGGCUUCACACGAUCAGUUUUAACGCAAUGAACAAGGAAAUCUGCAAUUAGCAGCAAAGAGCAAUAAAGAAGCACAGUUCAUUCAGGCAACACGAGGGAAAACAGUAUGGAUAAGUUUUGUUUUGCCUCUACAUAACGUGGGGUGUUUGGUAGUAAAUCCUCAUCAUGUCUUUAUUCUGUCUGCCAGAAACCCAAGACAUGGAAAUAGCCAAGCUUUCCUCAUUUUAAUCUGACAGUCAUCACUGGAAACCACACUCACACCCUGCCAUGAUCAUUUGGAGUAUGUGGCAUCACGCUACAUCCAACUUUUUCAAUUUGCUAUCUCAGUUAUCUAUUCCUUUUGACGGGCUUCUGGUUCAGGUCUCUCAUUGCUGUCCAUGAAUUUAACGGCUUUACUGUGCCUGCACUGUGGCUACCAGUAGAAAACAGUUAUGGGAAUGGUAUGCACCCUCAACAGUUAGGCACAGAAAAUAAUUUUACUUCAGCAUAUUCCACAAUGUCCCGAAAUUGACUUUAAUAGCUUAUGCACAUGAGCCCUUGAAAGGUCGAACCCUUUUGUUUGGGUCAAGAAACAAAUACAUGCAUCUUGGCAAUUUAAUGCAGUAUAAUACAAUGCUGUGUAUGCUAUGUUUACAUUUUGGGCAACCUGUGCACACAAUGUCACACCACAUCACGUGUUGUUUUCACCUUUGACCCACAGAAAAGCACAUACUCCACGUUGUCAUUGCCGCAAUCUUGCUGACAAAGGUACAUAUGCGCCAAGAGACAUAGCUUACCCAGCAAUUGCAGUUUGUUUAUGAUGCUUUAUUCAUGUUUCGCAUAACUUUCUUGCAUUUGAUAGACUUUACAUUCUGAAGUUAAGUAACAUGAUAAACACAAUUUUGGAAGGAUCGUGGAUUACAAACAGAGUUCGAUUUCAAACAAGGAGCUGACUAACAAAUAUUUCUGACAAAUUACUUGUUUUUCUAUUAAUUCCUUUUAGCCCAUUAUUUUGAUUACAAACAUCUCUUGUUGGUUGCAGCAUAGUGUUCUGGAAGUAGUCCCCCACGAAAUAAACACACAGAUGCACAUCUGCCCCAAAGGAAUGCCAGCAGGAGCUAACUUCCCCCCCCCCAAGCAGCACAAUGUACUCAAAGUUCUCGGGGUUGCUUUGACGUUACUCAUGCUCUGCAAAUUUAGCUGUAAAGCCAACUGCCUAUAAAUUUUUUAUCCUCCCGAUCCGAGUAUACGGGACAUUGUAUGGGACGCUUUCCCCACGCAGUCAACCAUCAAUGCAAUUGAGUCUGUCCAGAAGCAUGCUGUUUGUUUUAUUUAGUAUUAGCCAAUCUGAGAAAGGCAUUUAAGCCGAAAAAGUCUGACCCUAUUUAUAAUCGGUACAAUCUUCUAGAAUACCACCGGAACUUUACAUAUCAACCAUCCCUUAGACUUCCCUGCGACAUGGAAUUGUUUCUUCUACUCCUUUCCCCGCACAGUAUACGAAUGGGAAGUAUCUCGAUUAGGAGACUAUCAUCUGGUACAAUGUCCUCCUUUAUAAUAUAACUCAAUUUUUGUCUUUAUAGUGAGAUGCCCUCUGUACUUGGGCUGCCAACAGUAGUAUAGUAUGUAAAUAAAUAAGUCCAAGUACAUGGGGGUUUGCUGGCAGGUGCGUUAUGAGCUGCCGAUGAAGAAAACCUCGAUUUACCCGUCCAUCUGCACCGUCAGUACAUUGUGCUGCUUGGGUCUGCCUGCUAAUUAUGCAUAUUGAAGUGAGACACCACAUUUACUUUACAUGUUUCAUACUGAUUAAUGUUGUGGCUCAAACCAACGGGACUUUUAUAUUUACACAUACUAAUUACACAUAAAUUUGGUACAUACUUUUGCAUCAGUUUUGUGGUGGUUACUAUUAUGAAGAAGAAAAGGCUGAAGUGCAUUCCACAUAAACUACAUGCCCAAUCUUUAUGCAGUAUGCUCCACAUUGUUUCUUACCCAAUCAACUCAGGUUAAACAGAGAUGUUCAUGCCUACUCUAUCCAUCACACAUUUCCUGUUUGUAUACUCCUUUGUCAUGCGCUGCCUGAGUCAGGAAGUAAGCACUAUGCAACGACUGGACAAUUUAAGAGUAGGCAAAGUUUGGCCCCUGUUACCUGUAACCCUGAGCAUUGUUCUAUCCUUGCAUUUCCGCUUGAUUCCAAUCAUGCAGGACAACAGGCGCUGUCUGUGAUAAGGACUAUAUCAAUGCCGUAGCGCUCGACUAGUUCGGAGAGGAACUGCCUGUCCCCGGAGGGGUCCAGACCCACCCUCUUCAUGUGCUCUUCCGUCCAGAGUUUGUCGGCUGACUUGGACACCUCAAAAAGUUCCUUGAAGAGCUGUGUGUUUUGUGCCAUAAAGAAUCUGCAUGAAAAAGCACAUUUACAAAGAGGUUCAGUCUUUGUUAGAUUAACUGAACACUGCACAAUGUCCAUGACUCCUAAUGCACCAUUGUUCCGCCUAGUUUAGUCUAGUUAAACCGCUUGUUACAAAAUGAUAGUUUUAAAAAAAAUCCAAGCAUUCAGUGUCAAUCCACACGCUCAUUAUACGUUACAACAAUACAGGGUUAUGCUCAUUACUUGAGAAAAGCGAUAACUGGAGACACUGAAGUUGAUGUUAUCGGUAUUAAACUGAUAUACACAUUUUCAUGCAGGUCACUGCAGUCUAUCCAUUUCGUUUCUUACACUGGAAUUUGUAGUACUGGGGAAAACAAGGAAACACUGAAUUUCUUCUUGCAUGCUCUAUAUAUCUAUAGUCCACCAAGCUUCCCAACCAGAAUUGCAGGAGUAAUUCUUGCAUAGAACAGAUACCCCGCUGACUGCAUGCAAGAGAACAAAAGAGGUUUGUUGUGUGACCAAGUAAGUGUUGUGUAACCUGGCACUGUCUGAUCUUUUUGUUGACUGCCAUGAGAAAUGGCUGAAUUUCUCCAUGUUAGGUAGAUAAAGCACACAUUAACUUGCUUCUAGUUCUAUCAUGCCCAAAAUUUGGAAUACAGCCAAACUCCUUUACAACGAAACUCAGGGGACAGCAAAAAAAAUUUGCAGUAAAGGUAUUUUCAUUAAAAAGGUGUUCGCUAUAAAGGAGUUUGACUGUAUAUAAGACAUGUCUGAAUUGCUGCAAGAAAUUAUUUCAGUAGAUACACAGAGCAGCUCGGAAUUCAACUGGGUGCUCUGGCUAAGGACAGCCCUUCUGCAAAAAGUCUGAUUCAUAGAUAUGCAUAUUACAAAUAGUAGGCCAGUGCAGCUGAUAGUAUAGUAUAGAUAGUAUAGUAUAGAAAGAAUUGUCAAAGAUAAUUCAAAGAGUACCCAUGUUACAGCGGGCAGCACAUUGCAAAAGUACUUAAAUGCUGAUAAUUCCACGUUUCUAGGUUCACCAUAAAAUAUAGUACUGAGCAUAGUCAUGCUUUAAGAGAUCAGUGGGGUCACAAGCGGACAUAUUUCUAUGUACAUUUUCCCUGUCCAUUUGUCAUUGUUCAAGGCUUCCACCUUUGAUGACGCACCUGCACAAAAUAACCCUGGCCAAUUAUCUUUCACACUAUCUUAUCUACAUUUGUAUCUCUCUGUACUUUUCAUGUACAUCAGAUAUAGACGGACCUGAAAACAGUCAUCAAAUAAUCUAAACGAACUUCUCUAUAGUCCUACACUCCCUUCAAAACUAAUAAAAUAAAAUAUCCCUAUCUAAUUCUACCUCAUAUCCUCUGUUGCAGAAUACCACCUGGUUUUUCCGCCUGAAUCAAAGAACAGCUUUAUUUUGGAGACUAUGAUUGAGGCGUGUCAUCAGCACAGAAAUUAGACAAAAAGUAAAGCCCUAAAAUAUGUGACUUUAGACACAAAUUGCCUUUACAAGUGAUCCAACCACACCAUAAGUGAAAAGGGGAAAUCAUUACCCUGUAAACCAAGACUCAUCUGUAUCAUGGUUCACCAUUAAAGGCUGACAUUUUGACCUGCAUGGAAAAAGCAAGCAGUGCAUUAAAUUUCUUACUUCAUAGUGAGGGAUAUGACCUUUCCAUGCCUUAGUGGUGGGAUUUGCAUUCAGAUUUCCAAUAUAUUCUGACAUUGAAUAUUGAUCCCAUGAAUGAAAUUAAUAUCAAAUGUUAAAUGCAUUCAAUUGGAAUGAAAAUAGUAUUUGCAAUUCACACUGAAAGCAUUUCAUGAUGGAGGAAAAAUAUUUGUUGAUAAAUGAACAGACUGCAGAGAAAGGCUGAAUUCAUGCCUAGUAUAACAUGAUUCCUAGUAUGUAACCUUAAUUCCAAGAGGUGACUGUACUUCAGCUUAUCAGCUACACUCAGUUCCAUUAACUUGCGGUUAGCUGGUGAACUUGUUUCCAGGUUUUGCUGGUCCACAAAGAUAUCAAAAAGUGUUGGCUUAGAUUCGAAUAUUUUUUCUGUGGUGCCUGGAACAUGUAAAAGAACCAUCAAUAGCCUCAGACUCUAUAUAAUAUCGGAAUGGAUCUUUACUUGUACUUACAUGCAACAUAUGCAGUUUGUCCUGCUAAGACAUCUAUGUCAGUCACAUUCACAUAAAAGUUAGGAGGACAUAGGCACGUCUCCAUGUCUGGAUACACGUGAGCCACCAAGGUGCUUGUGCAAUAUACUUGACAAACAAUUGAAGAACACAUCAUUAGACACAGUUUUCAUGUAAAAAGUGGCAUCGUCUAGGAAGGUGACUUCAAAUGCAGAGUGAACGACCAAAUCACAGCUCACUUACUGGGAAUGGCAGUUAUUCUAGGUGCCCAAUUUUACUUUCAUGUAUGUUGUGAUACAAAGUGCAGUCUAAAUGCCCAAAAAUGUAAUGCCAAAAAUGAUUGCAACUGGAUCUUAAAGAGCAGAUGCAAAGUUCGGUAGAUAUGUGACAUACAUCAAGUACCCUAUGGCAUAACCCAUGAAGUCGAUAUUGCGCAUAUGCUGCUCCAAGCUGUACAUGACUGGACAGCCAAUUACAAAGAAUGUAGUGAUGUGAAAAGUACAAAUGCUUACAUGUAGUGUGCUCUCUGUGAAACAGGUGCUUUAUAAAUAAGGCAGGCUUUAUGAAGGCUUUAUGAACAAGGCAGUUAAAAUCUGGACAGGUUGGUUAUUCAUUUGGAAUGGAAUAAACCUUUGGCUGGCAGUUCA